UUUCAUCCUGAAUCUACUCCUGGUCCAAAGGAUACUGAGUUUUUGUUUGAUGUGUUUAUUGAAAGUGUAAAGCAAUUCGGCUUGACAGGGUGUUUGGCGCCAAUACAAAUGCCUGGUGGUAUGAGGAGUGAGAAUUCAAGAAAGAAUCCACGUGUUAAUGUUCGAAAAGUUUUAGUUCUGGGUAGCGGGGGGCUGAGUAUCGGUCAAGCUGGUGAAUUUGACUAUUCAGGAAGUCAGGCUAUUAAAGCUUUGAAAGAAGAAGGGAUAUAUACUAUUUUAAUUAAUCCAAAUAUUGCUACUAUACAAACUUCACAGUACCUUGCCGAUAAAGUUUAUUUUCUCCCCGUAAAUCCUGAAUUUGUUCUUAAAGUUAUUAAACAUGAAAAACCUGAUGGUAUUUAUGUAACAUUUGGCGGUCAGACUGCAUUGAAUGUAGGCAUCAAACUUAAAGAUCAAUUUGAGGAAUUGGGUGUUAAAGUAUUGGGUACACCAAUAGAAACAAUAAUUACCACGGAAGAUCGUGAACUAUUCGCACAAAAAAUGCUAGAAAUAAAUGAAAGAUGUGCAAAAUCUGCUUCUGCUACUAAUGUACAAGAAGCUUUAGAUGCUGCGCAAAAAAUUGGUUACCCAGUCAUAUGUCGUGCAGCAUAUGCUCUUGGUGGUUUAGGCUCUGGAUUUGCCGAGAACGAAACACAGUUAACUGAGCUCUGUACUAAGGCUUUUGCAACUAGCCCUCAAGUGCUGGUUGAACUAUCUAUGAAAGGUUGGAAGGAAAUCGAAUAUGAAGUUGUUCGAGAUUGUCGAGACAAUUGCAUCACAGUUUGUAACAUGGAGUGUAUCCCUGAUGCAUUGCAUUGGCGAUGGCAAAGAGCCGUUGAUCAGAUGG